AUGGGUGUCCGCGCCAGACGACCCAACUCGCCCGAGUCCAACGGACUGUCUCCUCCUUCCUCGGGAGGGAAGAAUGCAAACGGCAACAUGAGCGGUGUUGAGAUGCGGCGCAAAGCCGCCCACCCCGAUGUGGACAACGUUGCGGCAAACUUCAUCUCGCGCGAGAGCUUUUCCCUCGACGAACCUGUACCCAGGACGCCCACUGGAAGCAGUCACGGCUUCUUCGACCUCCCUCUGCAGGAUCAGAGAAAUUUCCUGUUACUCGUCUUGCUAUACUUUCUUCAAGGCAUUCCCAUGGGCCUGGCCAUGGGCUCCGUCCCCUUCCUGCUCAAGAACCACAUGUCGUACGGAGAAAUAGGCACCUUUAGCCUGGCCUCGUACCCCUACUCGCUCAAGCUCUUCUGGAGUCCCUUUGUCGACGCCGUGUGGAGCCCCAAGAUCGGACGACGGAAGACGUGGAUCGUCCCCAUCCAGUUUCUGUCAGGCUUCGGCAUGCUCUGGCUGGGGUCGCAUGUCGAGGAGAUGAUGCUGACGACGGGCAAGGCGGGCGGACCGACCGUCUGGGGCUUCAUGACGUGGUGGUUCUUCCUCGUCCUCAUGUGUGCAACGCAAGACAUUGCCGUCGACGGCUGGGCCCUGACGCUCCUGACGCCUGCCAACGUCUCGUUUGCGUCGACGGCGCAGACGGUCGGCCUGACGGCCGGGCAUUUCAUGUCGUACACCGUCUUCCUCGCCCUCAACGCAAAGGAUUUCGCCAACAAGUGGAUACGGACCGUGCCCUCGGAGGAGGGCCUCGUCUCUCUCGGCGGCUACCUGACCUUUUGGGGCUGGGCAUACAUUGUCGUCACCAUCGGGCUCGGGCUGAUGAAGCGCGAGGAGAGGUCGGAGAACGAGGACGGCGUGUGGGAUGUCUACAAGAUCAUGUGGGGCAUCCUGAAGCUCAAGAACGUGCAGACCAUCAUCAUUGUGCACCUGAUUGCCAAGAUUGGCUUCCAGGCCAACGACGGCGUGACGAACCUCAAGCUGCUGGACAAGGGCUUCGGCAAAGACAACAUGGCGCUGACGGUGCUCAUCGACUUCCCCUUUGAGAUUGGGCUGGGCUACUACGCGGGCAUGUGGUCGCAAAGGUACACGCCCAUGCGCCUCUGGUGCUGGGGCUUCGUCGGCCGGCUGGGCGCGGCCAUGUUGGCGCAGCUGACCGUCGCCGUGUUCCCGAGCAGCGGGGUGACGCUGGGCUACCUGCUGCUCGUCAUUGGCGAGCACGUGUUGUCGACGUUUACCAACACGGUCAUGUUUGUGGCUGUCUCGGCCUUUCACGCCAAGGUGUCGGACCCGGUCAUUGGGGGGACCUACAUGACUCUGCUUGCCACUGUAUCAAACCUCGGCGGAACCUUCCCGCGGUACUUUGUGCUCAAGCUCGUCGACACGCUGACGGUCGCCACGUGCCACCCGAGCUCGUCGGCCAGCCCCUCGGGCCUCAAGGGCGCGCUCGUGACCGAGGCCUUUUCGUGCGCGAUGCAGGCGGACAAGGAGAGGUGCGAGAGCGGCGGGGGGACGUGCGAGACGGUUCGCGACGGGUACUAUGCCGUCAACAUGAUGUGCGUGGCGUUUGGGACGGCGACAUUCCUGUGGUACAUUCGGCCCAAGGUGCUGCAUCUGCAGAGCCUGCCGCUCCGGGCGUGGAGGCUGUCGCCCGGCAAGUAG